GCUUCUUCAAUAUACAGGUAGCAGAGAUGGUGUUCAAAGAAUCUACUCUGAACUUGUUGAGGAAGAAGAUGAUCUAUAUAAUGCAAAUCGAGCUCAUGAUGAAAGAUAGGACAAACGAACCGAAGGAACAAGAUCUCAUUAGUAGACUUGGAAAAUCAGAUGACGGAAAUGGUGGGAACAUGAUAGAUUGUUCUCUCUCGUUUGGUAUGAAGCUCGAUAACAACCCAACUCCAACUAAUCCCUCCACUGCUAACAUCUAUGGCCCCUUUCCUAUCCCUACACAGGUAAGGAACAAACAACAUGGAGAUCAGAUAACCAAAGCAAGAGCUUUUCAGACUUGGGUUAUUCCUAGCACUGAUCACCAUGUCGCCCCCACCACCAACAACAAGAACACUACAGGGUUCAUCGAUUUCUUAGGUGAAACCCCUGUAAUGUCAUCUGUUCCUCCUCGUCGAUGUAUGAUCCCCAUACUUGCAAUGCGAUAUGCUAGAGAAGAUCUAAGUUUGGCACCUCCGCAAUCUAUUGGUGAAAACCCAUUUCAAAGAGGCAUGGUGGCUAACCUGAAUCCCGGCAGUGGCUAUGGAAAUGGAAACAAAGUAUGUACCAUCUGUAAGAGGGGCGAUACACUGCUCUGGCGUGGCGGACCUCGUGGCCUCAGGGCUCUUUGUAAUGCCUGCGGAAUUCAUUUCCAGAAGCUGCAAAAGAGAGUUCAGUGGAGCAAUGAGGCCUUCCCCAAACCCAGAAAUGUUAUUAGGAAACCAUAAUAAGUACAGGGAUGGUGAUGGUGGGGAUAAUGUUGUUUGGAGAAUAAAGUUUAUUCAUAUACUGCAUUAUAUGACGAACUAUUUCUUUUUUUUGUAGAACAUGAUAUGAUGAACCAUACCAACUUAUUAACCCUUUAAUGUCUUGGACUCUCUC